GAGUGCAAGCUGCGAGCUGUGCUCUGCGAUUUUGCAGGUGUCGGAGUUGUGUCCGACAAUUACGAGCGCCUGUGGCGGGAACGAUUUCCAGAAGGAGCGUCAGCGGCUCUGCGAUGUUUCGAUGGCGAAAGAGCCCCGCAUGGCGUGCUACCCCGCAACACCGAUGCCGGCAUCACGAGAUAUGAGCUCAACACUCAAGUCGGUGUUCAUUGUGGUGUUUUGAAUGCCGGAAGGACACCAACAAACUCGCUUGCAUACCACCUGCACAACACGACACAAUGGCCGCCGACGCAGAGACAUUCACCGAGCUCCCCAUCCUGCCUCUGUCCCGCGCGCUCGACCCAGCGACGAAACCUCAGUUCCUCGCCGACCUGCGUUCUGCACUGCUGAACGUGGGAUUUCUGUAUCUCAGCGAGACGGGGUUGCCGCAAGAGUUGGUGCAAGAUGUAAUCAGGGAGUGCAAGGGAUUCUUUGAGAAUUUGCCGCAGGAGGAGAAGGAGAGGAUUGAGAUGAAGAAUGAGAAGAGCUUUUUGGGGUGGAGUAGGCUCGACAACGAGACCACAGCUUUGAAUACAGAUCACCGCGAACAGCUCGAUCUGUCAACACCGCACCCGGUCCCAGGACCUGAGGCACCUCUGUACCACAAUCUUCUUGCACCAAACCAAUGGCCGUCAUCACAGCAUCUUCCAGCCUUCCGGCCCGCGUACGAAGACUACAUGCGCCGCAUGUCUGAAAUCUCCACUCUCUUCACAUCCUUGAUCGCGGAGGCAAUUGGCCUGCCCGCCGAUGCAUUCAGCCAGUUCUUCGACGAGCAUCAGCAGCACAAGCUGAAGAUCGUCAAGUACCCCGAAGUCGACGUGCCAGAUCUGCCAGCUGGAGCCAGCGAGAUCGACAGAAAGAAGUGGGAGAUCAAGCGGCAGGGCGUUGGUCCGCACAAGGACAGCAUGCUCACCAGCUACCUGCUGCAAGCCUGCAACCAACCGGGUCUGCAGGCGCAGAACGCCAAAGGGCAGUGGAUCGACUGCAUGCCCAUCGACGGCACACUUGUAGUUGCGAUCGGUCAAGGUAUGGAGGCUCUAACAAACGGCGUCUGUGCGUCGACGACACAUCGCGUGCUCAGUCCGCGGAAGAGUGAAGGUGCGCGAUACUCCAUUCCGUUCUUCCAGGGGGUGAGCUACGAUGCAAAGUUUGAAGCCAUGGAUGUCCCGGAGUCCGUCUUGAAGCUGCGCGACGAAGCACGCAAAGCCAGGAAGGAUGACGUCGAGUUCACCUUCGUUAAAGGCAAAUGGGGUCACCUAGGAGAAGCUACACUGAUGAACAGGGUGAAGAGCCACCCGGAUGUGGGUGAGAGGUGGUAUCCAGACCUGCUUCGGCAAAUUCGUGCACAACAGGCAGCAGCGGCAGCAGCGUGAGUGCAACUGCCGAUAGGCAUCGAACAAUAACAAAGAAACUUUGUCGCACUUUCAUCCCCGCUCUUGAAUUCUCAAACAUGAGACUAUCGAUUUCUGCGUUCCUCAAUGCGGAAGCC